AUGUAUUCGCGCUUUUGGACAUGGACUAUAUGCGUGGCUAGCUCACUCUCUCACGUCUCGGCCGUUGAGAUUGAUUGGAGUUCCGAUUCAUCGAUCAAAGAGGGCGCAUCGACACUUGCGUAUGGCCUAUUACAAUAUUAUACUGGUAACAAUACAGGAGAUGUCCCAGGCAAUCUACCAGAUCCAUACUAUUGGUGGGAAGCUGGAGCAGUUUUCGGUACUCUGAUCGACUACUGGGCUUUUACAGGGGACGAAACAUACGUCGACUUGACGUUCCAAGCAUUGCAGCAUCAAGUCGGCGAUGAUGGCGACUUUAUGCCAAACAACCAGACCCUUACCGAAGGUAACGACGACCAGGGUUUCUGGGCGCUGUCUGCCAUGACAGCAGCAGAGAUGGGGUUCAAAAAUCCAGAUUCGACGGGUGUGCAAUGGCUGGCACUAGCACAAGCCGUUUUUAACGAAUAUUCAUGGCGCUGGGAUAAUGGCACUUGUGGCGGCGGAUUACGAUGGCAAGUAUACACAUUUAAUAACGGCUGGGACUACAAGAACAGCGUCUCGAAUGGGUGCUUCUUCAACAUAGCCGCUCGCCUGGCUCGAUACACUGGCAAUACGACCUACGCCGACUGGGCCGAGACGAUAUAUGACUGGAUGGAGAACGUCGGGUUCAUAGACGACGAUUACAACGUGUACGACGGCGCGUCUGAUCUGACUAGCUGUGCCGAGAUCGACAAAUCUCAGUGGACAUAUAACGCGGGCAUCUUCAUGGAAGGGUCUGCUGCCAUGUGGAACUACACCAACGGCACAUCGGAUAAAUGGGAAACGCGGACAUUGGGACUACUCAAUACCACUGCGAACUACUUCUUCAACGAGAGCGUUAUGUUUGAGCCGCCCUGCGAGCCGCAGAGCAACUGUAAAACGGAUAGUUACUCGUUCAAGGCUUAUCUGGUAAGAUGGAUGGCCAAGACGACGCAGUUCAUGUCAUCGACAUAUGACACGGUAUACCCGUUGCUACUAGCAUCCGCUAAAGCCGCGGCUCUUCAGUGUAGUGGAACCGGAGACGGCACCGCUGGACGUUCGCUGGAUGGAUACGCAUGUGGUCAGCACUGGGUUUGGGGUUCGACCAACGACGGCACGAGCGGUGUGGGCCAGCAGAUGUCAGGCCUAUCGGCCGUGUUCUACACCCUUGUCCAGGGAGCGCCCGCUCCUUACACGGCCGUGACAGGUGGAAACUCAACGGGCAACAGCGAUGGAGGAUCUUCAAAGUCGGAAAGCGAUGUAAAGGGUGUACGAGAUAUAACAACAGGGGAUAAGGCUGGCGCUGGGAUAUUGACAGCACUCGUUCUGGGUGGUUUACUGAGCGGAGUAGGAUUCAUGGUCAUGGAGUAG